AUGACAGGGGACAGAGACAGGAGACAGAGACAGGGAACAGAGACAGGGGACAGGGACAGGGGACAGAGACAGGGGACAGGGGACAGAGUCAGAGACAGGGGACAGAGGCAGGGGACAGAGACAGGGGACAGAGGCAGGGGACAGAGACAGAAGCAGGGGACAGAGACAGGGGACAGAGGCAGGGGACAGAGACAGAAACAGGGGACAGAGACAGAGGCAGGGGACAGAGACAGGGGACAGAGACAGAAACAGGGGACAGAGGCAGGGGACAGAGGCAGGGGACAGAGACAGAAGCAGGGGACAGACAGGGGACAGAGACAGAAACAGGGGACAGAGGCAGGGACAAGGGACAGAGACAGAGGCAGGGGACAGAGACAGGGGACAGAGACAGGGGACAGAGACAGGGGACAGAGACAGAAACAGGGGACAGAGGCAGAAGCAGGGGACAGAGACAGGGGACAGAGACAGGGGACAGGGACAGGGGACAGAGACAGGGGACAGGGGACAGAGACAGGGGACAGAGGCAGGGGACAGGGGACAGAGACAGAGACAGGGGACAGAAACAGGGGACAGAGGCAGGGGACAGAGACAGGGGACAGAGGCAGGGGACAGAGACAGAAGCAGGGGACAGAGACAGGGGACAGACAGGGGACAGAGACAAAACAGGGGACAGAGGCAGGGACAGGGGACAGAGACAGGGGACAGACAGGGGACAGAGACAGAAACAGGGGACAGAGGCAGAAGCAGGGGACAGAGACAGGGGACAGAGACAGAAACAGGGGACAGAGACAGGGGACAGAGACAGGGGACAGACAGGGGACAGAGACAGAAACAGGGGACAGAGGGGACAGAGACAGGGGACAGAGGCAGAAACAGGGGACAGAGGCAGGGGACAGAGACAGGGGACGGGGACAGGGGACAGAGACAGGGGACAGAGACAGAGACAGGGGACAGAGGCAGGGGACAGAGGCAGGGGACAGAGGCAGGGGACAGAGACAGGGGACAGAGACAGAAACAGGGGACAGAGGCAGGGGACAGAGACAGGGGACAGAGACAGGGGACAGAGACAGAAACAGGGGACAGAGGCAGGGGACAGAGACAGGGGACAGAGGCAGGGGACAGAGACUGAAACAGGGGACAGAGACAGGGGACAGAGGCAGGGACAGGGGACAGAGACAGAAACAGGGGACAGGGACAGAGACAGAAACAGGGGACAGAGGCAGAAACAGGGGACAGAGGCAGAAACAGGGGACAGAGGCAGGGGACAGAGACAGAAGCAGGGGACAGAGACAGGGGACAGAGACAGGGGACAGAGGCAGGGGACAGAGGCAGGGGACAGAGACAGGGGACAGAGACAGAAACAGGGGACAGAGGCAGGGGACAGAGGCAGGGGACAGAGGCAGGGACAGGGGACAGAGACAGAGACAGGGGACAGAGACAGGGGACGGGACAGAGACAGAAACAGGGGACAGAGGCAGGGGACAGAGGCAGAAACAGGGGACAGAGGCAGGGGACAGAGGCAGGGGACAGAGGCAGGGAACAGGGGACAGAGGCAGGGGACAGAGGCAGGGGACAGAGACAGAAACAGGGGAGAGAGGCAGGGGACAGAGGCAGGGGACAGAGGCAGGGGACAGAGACAGGGGACAGACAGGGGACAGAGGCAGGGACAGGGGACAGAGACAGAAACAGGGGACAGAGGCAGGGGAUAGAGGCAGGGGACAGAGACAGGGGACAGAGACAGGGGACAGAGGCAGGGGACAGAGACAGGGGACAGAAACAGGGGACAGAGCCAGGGACAGGGGACAGAGGCAGGGGACAGAGACAGGGGACAGAGGCAGGGGACAGAGACAGAAACAGGGGACAGAGGCAGGGGACAGAGACAGAAACAGGGGACAGAAAAGGACAGAGGCAGGGGACAGAGACAGGGGACAGAGACAGGGGACAGAGACAGGGGACAGAGGCAGGGGACAGAGACAGGGGACAGAGACAGGGGACACAGACAGGCGACACAGACAGGGGACACAGACAGGGGACAGAGGCAGGGGACAGAGACAGGGGACAGAGAGGACAGAGACUGGGGUCAGAUGCAGGGGACAGAGGCAGGGGACAGAGACAGAAACAGGGGACAGAAACAGGGGACAGAGGCAGGGGACAGAGGCAGGGGACAGAGACAGAGACAGAGAGGACAGAGGCAGGGUACAGAGACAGAGACAGAGAGGACAGAGACUGGGGUCAGAUGCACAUGGGACAAGGACAGAAACUUCAAAGAGAUCUGUGGGCAGAACAGCAGAAGGGGACACAGGACUAUAUCACUGUGAUAAUGUGGCUGCUUGCUGA